ACUUGUAUAAAUACCCUUAACUGGAUUACACUUUCUCAUUCAUGAACCAAUCAGUUUUCCCCAACAAAAACAAGAAACCAAUAAAUAUAUGGAAGGAAAGACUAACAGCAGUGCGCGGGCCGGCUUGUCUUCAAGCUAUAGAGGCGUUCGCAAGAGAAAAUGGGGCAAAUGGGUGUCUGAAAUUCGAGAGCCUGGAAAAAAGACUAGAAUCUGGCUAGGAAGCUUUGAGACACCUGAAAUGGCAGCCGCUGCUUAUGAUGUAGCAGCGUUACACUUCAGGGGUCGCGAGGCACGUCUUAACUUCCCUGAGUUGGUGACUUGUCUUCCCAAGCCAGCAGGUUCCAAUGCUGAAGAUAUCAGAAUGGCAGCUCACGAGGCGGCCUUGCAGGUAAGGACUAGCGCGGCAGGGUCCGAGGCUGGCAGCUCCAGCGCCAGCGUCGGUCCUGUCACUGUCAGGCUGUCUCAGAGCCAAAUUGAGGCUAUCAAUGAGUGCCCUCUGGACUCUCCCAAAAUGUGGAUGAUGGAUGAAUCAAUGAUGUUUUCCAAUGAGAAUGAGGAGAAUGAGUGGGAAGAUAUGCAAGGUGAUUCUCUUUGGGAUCCUUAGGUAAUGUUUGUUUACUAGUUAGGUAGGACUAAUAGCAAAUAUAGCUAUAAAACAAGAGUGAUUGCUUUUAAUUUGACACUAAGUAAGGCAUUUACUACACUUUACAAAGUUGGUUCAACUUCUAUGAAAAAUAUGAGUGCCGAUUUAUUAUUAGUGCAUAAAAAAUUGAAGUAAAAGUUGAGAGGGUUUUCUGAUAUUUUGUUUGUUUACUGUUUGAUGGAAUAGUAUGUGUAUUUUUGAGGGGCGUGGGGUUGGGGGAGAGAUUUCGGAGGGUCCGAUUCAAGUUCAAUAUGAAGGAAAUUAAGCAGGCCUUAACAAGCCUUCUUCUAGUGGCUGAGAUUUAUCUUCUUCAAUUUGUGAAAGGACCACCGUCUCACGUGUUGGCUACUUUUUUUAUCAGCUGUGGAAGGGUGUGUUGUGAUUUAUUUUUAUUUUAUACUACUAAAAAAAUAAUAAACUCGUGUAAUUGACUUCUAUUGUCAUUGAUGACGAAAGAACCAAAAAAAAAAAAAGAACUCUAUUUGUCAUUUAAAUACAUGUACCACAAAGUUUGCAUAUAUAUUAUAAGUGAUU